AUGGCAGACAACACUCAAAAUCAUAUGGCAUCGCUAUACGGCAGCCUUUGCGAGACACCAGAAGGAGAAAUCCUGUUCCGUUUGAUCACCGGAAAUGAUUUCUCUGUCGCUAAAGCGGUUGAAGAAACCGCCGCCCAGACUUCCAUCGCGGCGGCUUCGUCGGUCGAUGACGCGUUGGGCAGCCACUCUCUCAACGUCGCAAACGCUAUUUAUGAGCUGGCUAUGCUGCUCGCGCCUGACGAACAAUCUAAACUGAUCAACUUUGUCACCUACCUGCAACAAGUGACAAUUCCCGAUCACGAAAACGGCGGCGAAUUAGAGUAUGAGGAUAAAUGCUUCUGGACUGACAUGCCUCAAAUGUCAUUGAUCCUAGCAGACUACCAUGCCUCAGGCGCUUCCUACGGCACCGAGGAGGAGCAGGGUCGGCAUUUUCAAAAUUGCACUGCCUACGUUGCGCAACUUUCUGAGAUUGGAUUCUCUUUCUAUGGAGAGGAUAUAUCUUGGAACUAUAGCCACCUGCAAAGACCAGUCACGAAAGAAAGCCCAACCAGGAUGGAUGCAAGGUUAAUGUGUAUAUGGCUCAUAUAUGCCCCCAAGAAGGUCUGGUUGGAUGUCCAGCUGCGUCGCAGCUCCGAAAACGAGAUGUACCCCCAGCAAUUUCUGCCAGAGCACUGGCCACAGUGGAAGCAGUUCUUACAAAGGGUCCAGCAGACGCCCUCGGAUACAUUUGCAGAUGAGGAGACACAACAGCUUGUUAGGCGUGCUUUACAUAGCAUGGAGAAGACUGAAGCAGCAGAGCCACACUAG